AUGGAGAUGAUAUUUGAAAGUUGCAACUGUAGCGAUAAGCAGAAAACUGUUUUUGCAGUCAGACAACUGAAGACCAGAGUUUUAAGCUGGUGGAGGUUAUUGGUAGACACGAUGCCACAUGGAGAAGCCCUGAAAAUGUCUUGGGAAAUGUUCUUGGAGAAUUUAAAGAUGCAGUACUGCUCAAAGAUAGACCUGAUAGAUCUAAACAAUGAAUUUCAGAACGUGAAGAAAAGGAAAAUGAGCAUAGACGACUAUGCUACUACAUUUACUGAAAAGAUGAAGUUAUUUCCAUACUUGGUGCCAACUGAACUCGCAAAAAUUGAGAGGUUCGCAAAAGGACUGCCAGCGAAAUUUGGCCCAACGGUCAAGAUGGCAGCUACUCUGAAGACAAUAGUCCGAGUAGCUAAAAAUGUAGAAACCCAGUUAAAAGGAAGGAAUCAGGAGAGGGCAGAGGUUGGUGAGAAAAGAAAGUUCGAUGGAUCAUCUAGGUCCAAUAAGAAAAGUAAGUUCUCGAAGUCUGAUUCGAGAGGAAGAAGAGGCGAAGUAGAAUGGUGUGAUAAAUGUAAGAAGAAACAUUUUGGGAAAUGUGGCGAGGGGGUCACUUGUUUUAAAUGUGGAAAGUCAGAGCACUACGCUAGCAAGUGCACAACCAACAAAAGGGUGUGCUAUGGAUGCCAUGAAGAAGGGUAG